GGAUUAAGUUACCAGUAUUGUCUAUACUCUAAGGAAAUCAAUUUCACUGUUUACAUACCGAAGUAAAGGUUGUAGUUCGAGUAGAACUUUAAACACCACCAUGUAGUCUUAUAAGUUAACAACCAUUUCCCGUCGCAAGCGAACUUAAAUAGCAAGCUAGAUUUGGAAAAUCCGUUCACCAACCAUUCACUAGUCUUUAAUCACUCAAAAUCUUCAUUGUUAGUUAUGUGGCAAACGACAGAUGUGACGUAUUAGAUUAAGUUUAAUUUGUUUUUAAUUUGUACAAAUUUAUUAAUGAGUCAUUUGCGGUAUGCUAUUAGAUCAUAUUUUUUUCCGGCGUGGCGUGAGAAUCACACGGACUUGACGAUAUCCACUUAUUCUACAAAACAUUUUGAAAAGUUAUAAAAACCUGAAGUAAUAUUUUUUUUCAUUAGUGGAUAUAUUUAUUCAUUUUUCUCAAUGACAUCAGUAUUGAUAAACGAUCUUGGUAAUGCAUCAAUGCGUGGAAUCGACGUCGGCGGAUUUGUGACUCCAGACUUUAUGAAGCCGCCUGAAGAGACGAAGCAAAUUUUCGAAAAAGUUCCAGAAUACAAAUUUAAGGAUGGUGAUUUGAUGUUAUGUACAUAUCCAAAAACAGGUACGAACUGGCUGUAUGAAAUACUUAUGAUGAUUUUAAAGAAGAGCGCUGAACCAGUGGAGGGCAACAAGGGAGAUUUAAUGCUGGAAUUUCAAUCUGCUGAAAGUGUUGAUAAACAGCCUGCACCAAGAAUUGUCAAUUGCCAUUAUCCUUGUCGGUAUCUACUGUUGAAGGACAUGAAAGAUAAACAGAUAAAGACGAUACUGUGUUGUCGUAACCCAAAAGACACCGCUGUGUCCUACUACAAUCAUAUGAAGGGUAUAAAAUCGUACGAAUAUGAUGGCAAAUGGAGUGACUGGCUACCCGUGUAUCUGCAAGGAAAAUUAGAGUACGGGAAGUACACAGACUACCUCAUUGGGUGGGAAAAGGAAAUACAAAAUGGCGUUGGUUAUCCUCUUCACAUCAUGUAUUACGAGGACAUGAAAAAGAAUGGUUCUGAGGAAAUUGAGAAGCUUUUGAAGUUUCUUGGUGUCGACUUAGACAACAAUUUGAAGAAUGACAUUUUAAAACAGUGCGGUUUUGAUAUAAUGGUUAAGAGGGACAAGGUACCUCCUGCAUUCAAAGAAAUGUUUUUCAAGUCAGAUUUCAGUUUUUUGAGAAAAGGUCAAGUUGGUGACUGGAAGAACUGGUUUACAGUCGCUCAGAAUGAAAUGUUUGAUGACAUAUGGGAGAAAGAGAUGAGUGGAUCAUCUUUUUCAAAGUUUACAUAUUCAAUGUAUUGACAACAAAAAGCACUGUACUCGAAACUAGCUUUUGUAUCACUCAAACUAAGGCAUUUACAAACAUAUCAACUUAUCAAGUCUACUAAAAUUAUAUUCGAUAUACAAAUUCACAAUUUUUAUCAACUAAAAUCUAUUUCUAUACAAAUUCGGAACACUUUCACUGUUUCCAUUUAUUGGAUGUUAAUUAGGAUUGGAAAACAUAACGUUUUUGAAAUAAUUAUUUUUUAAAAUGUGUCAUUUAUGUAUCGUUUUACUAGUUAUGUGACACCACGUUUAUAACUGAAGACACUGUUAAUAAAUCCAUUACAAGCUACCAUGGCAAUGAUUUGUUGUUAUUUUUGCCGUAGAUUUAUGUCUGUUUCAUGUUUCGUCUGUACCUUAGAGUACAUGUACGACUUGAUCAUGGCAAAUGAAAAGAUACCGACAUAUAUUUGUUUUCUAUAAUAGCCACAUAUUUAGUCAACAUUCCA